AUGGCAUUUAUAAAUCAUUUGAAUGAAGUUUAUGAGCUUGCUCAGGAGGACAGUGAACUUGGAAGAAUUCUCAGGCGUGCGCUUAAGAUUAUUGAAGAUGGACUUGAACGUUAUGGAUCAAAGGGACUAUCUUUAGCAUUCAAUGGAGGAAAAGAUUGUACAGUUCUCCUUCACCUCUAUACUGCUGUAUUGCUUAGAAAUACAUCUUAUUCGUCGUCUUCGUCCUCAUUGCUGACUGUCUACAUAACUCAACCAAAUCCCUUUCCAGAGGUGGAAGAAUUUGUUGAGAGCACAGUAAAACGGUAUGGAUUAGACUUGAUCGCAAUAGAGGGACCCAUGAAGCAAGCUCUUGGUGCGUAUCUAGAAAAGAGGCCAAGUGUUAAGGCUGUCUUGAUUGGGACUAGGAGGAACGAUCCGCACGGAGAACAUUUGAAGGAUAAUAUUCCAACCGACCCCGGAUGGCCACCGUUUAUGCGGAUAUAUCCUAUCAUCGAUUGGAACUAUACCCAUAUAUGGGAUUUUCUAAGAAGACUGAAGGUGCCAUACUGCAAAUUAUACGAUUUAGGGUAUACUUCAUUAGGUAGCAUAGACAAUACACACCCAAACCCUGACCUUCUUAAUCCAAAUCAGCCAUGCGGAUUUGAUCCCGCAUGGAAGUUAAUUGAUCAAACUCGGGAGCGAUGUGGACGCUACUGA